UUUCGAGAUCACGAUUUGUUCGAAUGAACCAAUUAGAAUGUUUCUUUUGACAAGCGAUCGUGAUCGUUGUCAUGGUAGAUUGGCCUUGGGUUCGGCGGCGUUCGUUUCGAGCAUGAUGGAGCUAUCAACUGAUCCUACGUUGACAGGCAGGCACAGCAUGUUCUCAAAAGGCAAGACGAAUACAGUCCCGUCAGACGCUCAGGCGAGAGAAAAACUUGCACUGUAUGUCUACGAAUAUUUGCUCCAUGUUGGCGCACAAAAGAGUGCUCAAACGUUUCUCAGUGAGAUAAGAUGGGAAAAGAAUAUAACAUUAGGAGAACCGCCAGGAUUUCUUCAUUCGUGGUGGUGUGUGUUUUGGGAUCUGUACUGUGCAUCGCCGGAACGGAGAGAAAGCUAUGAUCAUUCAAGCGAGGCUAAAGCUUUCCAUGAUUAUGUGAUUCCAAACCUACCUCCUGGGGCUGUGCCUUCACCUCCAUUUCCUCAGAUGACCAAUGAAAAUUCAGGAAAUUUAGCAGGAAUGCCUGGUUAUUUUCCACCUAAUUCAUCCCAAGGUCCACAAGGUCCGUCCCCUCACCAUGGAGGACCUACACCACCUGGGUUUAUGCCUGGACAGCCGAAUGCUCCUUUUAUCCCAGGACCAGGACCACAGAAUUUCAUACCCCAAAGAUAUCAAUCAAGGUCAUCUGUGAGAAUACCUGGACAGCCUGUUGGUGUUCCUGGGGUACCUGGUGCUCAACCUUUGUUACCAAAUACAAUGGACCCUAACAGAUCUCAACCUUCAUUUGGAGGUCCGCCUAUGUCUGUUCAAAGAAUGGCACCUCGCAUGCAAGUUGUAAGUCCAAAUGGUUAUUCAUCGAUGAGACCAAAUGCACCUGUUGGACCUCCAAUGUCAUUGCCAGGUGGAAGAGCUUGGAAUCCAACGACAAGUGCUGGGGGCAACGGGCCUCCGGGUACUCCAAUGAUGCCCAGCACGCCAGAUACUCCGACACAAGCUGCUGAUAUGUAUAACAUGAUGAAAUCAGUACCAGGCGCUAGUUCCAUGACACCGUUUGGUAUGCCAGGUGGACCAGAACCUGGACUCGGAAUAGAUUCACAGCAAGAUAUAGAUGGUUUACCGAAGGAACCCCCAAACGACCACGGCCCAGGAACUCCUGGUGGUGAAUCAAACGAGUUUGGUGGAAUAUUAUCGUUUAAUCAAGAUGGGGGAUUUCCAAGCUAGAAAUAAUGCAGUAUAUCGCACGACCUUCUCGCAUCAAGUCAAAGACACGACAAGAUUUCUGAAUAGUACGUGGAUAAGGUGAUGACUAUUGCAUAGAAUAAAUUAUUGAACAUUUUAUUAUUAUCUGUGCAAAGAACGAGAGACUUGGACUUUUUUAAGAAGAUUUGGUUGGGAGAGACAGUUGGGUGAAUAUUCAAAUGUGUUCAUUCGUAAAACAUGCAAGCCAAGCUUGAUAAUAUCUCAUUCGGUUAGAUAUGGUUAAAUAGUUUUGGUUCAUGGCCGAUUUCAUAGCACACAUGCAAUAAUUCGUCUAAAACACAAUAAGUUGUAUCAGAAAGGCGAAUCCUUGACCAGUGAUUUAAUUAUGACCCGGCACAUUCGUAUUUAUCGACUAUGAUGAUGUAUCAGGUGUGAGUCAUACUGCAAUAGACGAUAGGUUUCAUUGGUGGAGACUUGCAUAAAUGUUCACUGGAGUUUUAAUUUAGUGAAGCAACUUUAUUUUUGAUCGGAAAAUGUCCAAUUGAUAGUUGUUUCGGGUUCUACAGAAAAAAAAUAGGCUUUUUUCGAUAAUUAUCUGCAAAAUUAUUUAACCAUAUCAGAAACAAACCACUCUAGUUAAAAAUCAAGAUAUUUUGCAAAAAAACCUCGCUGUAUAUAAAUUUAUUAUACAAAUUAUAUAUCGCAUAAAGUAACGAAAUUUUGCCGUUGGUCUGCAGCUAAACAAUUCUAUAGAAGCAUGAUUCUCGAAACUCACGUUUACUGAUUGAGAAAAGCAAAGAUAAAAGCUGGAGAGAAGUGAGCUGGGGUUACCUGGUUAGUUUCUUUAUCCGGGCCCGCAAUCCUUGUGGACAUAUAACCUCCAUCACUAUGUUCAGCGGUCUUACUUUCUGAGGAAAUGUUUACUUCCAGCCUUGACCUUUCUUACUGUAAAACAAUGACUAGCCAUAACGUUAGGAAAUACGACAUUGCUUCUGCAGGUAUUUGGUUGCUUGGGAGCGACAAUAAUGCACAUUUUCUGGACUGGUAAACGUAGUUCAUAAGGCGGGAAAAGGCUUUUAAGUUUUUGUGUUUAGCUGCUGAUCAAAUGUAUUCACUGCUCAUUGAACAUUCAUCAGUUAAUCAUGGUGUGCCAACUGAACUCUCACUAAAACGAAGCAACCUCACACGGUUUUUAGAGAAAUAUAACCCUGUGUACAGUAUGGAGACCGCCAAUGUUCGUUUCAAAUAAAAAGAGAUGAUUUACAAAUAUUCUCUGAAUAAACACCAGAUCAAUCCUAAAAAAAUAUAUUGGUAAAAGUUAAAAAAAAAUUUUUAAAGAACAGCCUCUCCCGUAUUUUAUUUCGUAGGAAAUAUUAUAUUUAUCCGCCUCUUGGCUUCAGAUAACCCAGCCCCGGGGGCCAAAAACUCUCUACAACCGGACACAUUUAUUACUGAUACUGAUAAUCAUUAAAUUCGACCGAUAGACCGAUUUAAAAAACUUCCGAUGAAACUGAUAAAAAAUAUUUGAUUUAGAGAUUAGCAAUUUUCGAGGUUUCAAAGCAAAGAGGGACCGAUGUAAUUAUGAAAAAUGUGUACAAUCUUGUGCAUUUAUUAGCGUUUUUAAGACAAGGCAGAAGUUGUGAUGUUUUGUACGUCAUUGUGUAUCUUUGGUUUGAAACGUUUCUUGGUGUGUCAUGUAAAUAGCUGACUUUCUAUAAACUCUGUAAAUUGACUUUGUAGUGAGUCAAGUACAUAUUA